UCCUUUUAUUAUCAUAAUCUUUUUAUGUGGUAUUCAAAUGCUUUUCUUUUGACAAAGCAGUUUUUUCUGUACGCUCGGGCGACCUGUGUUAGUUAUCCCAGGCGAGAGCUUUGCAUUGUGGGGUUUAUGAAAGUUUAGAAGAAGAUUCGCGGGAGAUGUUGAAUAGGAAAAUGAUUAUUUGUGGCCGUAAGGUAACUUAGGGAUUAAUCCCAUAGAAAAUAGCAUGUCCAGGAAGACAGGACCGAGAUCUGGGGUGAAUUUACAAGCUGAAAAAAGGCGGAAGGUCGAAGAAUCGGAUGAUGAUCUUGAUCUGUUUUCAUUUGACAACCAAAUCCCCCUGACAUUCAGUGUACCGACCAGCCAAACGGCCAUCAGUAUAGAUGAUAGUGAUGAUUCAGAUGUGGAUCAAGGCUGGGAGAGAACCAAUGAGGCGGAGAAUGAUGUUGUAGAUCUGGCUAAUAGCAGCGAAGACGACGAACUCGACCAAGCACUAGCGGUGGAUGGUGCUGAUGACUCGGGUAACUUAGAUGAAAGACAGGAGAGUCAUGGCAGUAGACGAUCCCCAUCCCCUCCACCACCCCCACUGCAAGCUGAUUUGAUAAAGCUGCAUGUUCAGAUGCAGAGGUCUACAAGAGAAUUUGAUGCUCUAAAGCAAGUAUUCACAGCAUCCCCAGUCCCCAUCAGGAACCCAAGCAUUAUUUUACUUAAUGAGGAAUCUGCCUGCUCCUCGGUUGACAGAGAAAUACAUCUCAAAAUAAGGACGGCAUCAGGGAUCAAACGAUUCUCUCUCAAAGCUAUUGAAAAGUUUGAGUCAGUUAUAGAAGAGCUAGCAGCUCAAGAAGGAGUAGACAAGAAAAACAUUCUUUUAUCCUUAAGGGAUCAAAACAUCAACCCAGACGACACUCCACUCAGGGUGGGGGCAACUGUGGCAGAUAUCAUUGAAUGUGUUUUACUAAAGUCACAAAUUCCAGAGGAGGAUGAAAAUGCCAUGACAAUCAGAGUCCAUAGUGGCAGCGCUGCCACGUCCAAGGACUUCAAGGUUAUCAAGGUAUGGUAUUCUACCUUCUUUUGCUCUUUUACCAUCCACACAGGACUACACGGUUAUCAAGGUAUGGUAUUCUACCUUCUUUUGCUCUUUUACCAUCCAUUCAGGACUACACGGUUAUCAAGGUAUGGUAUUCUACCUUCUUUUGCUCUUUUACAAUUCACACAGGACUACAUGGUUAUCAAGGUAUGGUAUUCUACCUUCUUUUGCUCUUUUACCAUCCACACAGGACCACACGGUUAUCAAGGUAUGGUAUUCUACCUUCUUUUGCUCUUUUACCAUCCACACAGGACUUCAAGGUUAUCAAGGUAUGGUAUUCUACCUUCUUUUGCUCUUUUACCAUCCACACAGGACUACAUGGUUAUCAAGGUAUGGUAUUCUACAUUCUUUUGCUCUUUUACCAUCCACACAGGACUUCAAGGUUAUCAAGGUAUGGUAUUCUACCUUCUUUUGCUCUUUUACAAUUCACACAGGACUACAUGGUUAUCAAGGUAUGGUAUUCUACCUUCUUUUGCUCUUUCACCAUCCACACAGGACUGCACGGUUAUCAAGGUAUGGUAUUCUACCUUCUUUUGCUCUUUUACCAUCCACACAGGACUUCAAGGUUAUCAAGGUAUGGUAUUCUACCUUCUUUUGCUCUUUUACCAUCCACACAGGACUACACGGUUAUCAAGGUAUGGUAUUCUACCUUCUUUUGCUCUUUUACCAUCCACACAGGACUUCAAGGUUAUCAAGGUAUGGUAUUCUACCUUCUUUUGCUCUUUUACCAUCCACACAGGACUUCAAGGUUAUCAAGGUAUGGUAUUCUACCUUCUUUUGCUCUUUUACCAUCCACACAGGACUACACGGUUAUCAAGGUAUGGUAUUCUACCUUCUUUUGCUCUUUUACCAUUCACACAGGACUACACGGUUAUCAAGGUAUGGUAUUCUACCUUCUUUUGCUCUUUUACCAUCCACACAGGACUACAUGGUUAUCAAGGUAUGGUAUUAUACAUUCUUUUGCUCUUUUACCAUCCACACAGGACUUCAAGGUUAUCAAGGUAUGGUAUUCUACCUCCUUUUGCUCUUUUACCAUUCACACAGGACUACACGGUUAUCAAGGUAUGGUAUUCUACCUUCUUUUGCUCUAAAGAUAUAAAGAUAUCAAGGUAUGGUAUUCUACCUUUUUUGCCAUUUUACCAUCCACACAGGACUACAUGGUUAUCGAGGUAUGGUAUUCUACCUUCUUUUGCUCUUUUACCAUACACACAGGACUACACAGUUAUCAAGGUAUGGUAUUCUACCUUUUUUGCUCUUUUACCAUCCACACAGGACUACAUGGUUAUCAAGAUAUGGUAUUUACCUUCUUCUGCUCUUUUACCAUCCACACAGGACUACACUGUUAUCAAGGUAUGGUAUUCUACCUUCUUUUGCUCUUUUACCAUCCACACAGGACUACAAAGAUAUCAAGGACUACAUGGUUAUCAAGGAUCAGCCUCUGCAAAGUCUCAUCGACAGAUACUGCGAGUUUCGCAAACUUCCAUCUUCCAAGCUUCAGUUUUCGUUUGACGGAGAUGUGAUCAAGGGCAGUUCAACACCAGCCGAGCUAGAGCUGGAAGAUGAGGAUAUCUUGGAUGUCAGAACAUUUUAGAUAACACACCACAGUCAGUAAACAGUAUCGCUGUAUGUCUAAUACGAGGGGUUUGCGCAUGGCUGUUAUUGACUCCAUUUUCUCUCAGCACUGGAAUAGUCUUACAGGGGCACGUGAGUCGAACAAAUCGCGGGUAAAUAUCGGAAUACCCUAUACCGAUAAAGGUGUGAGGUUCUUUUGUAGGACAAUUGUGGCAAGGUAUUCUUAAAUUGCAUUGCAGCACCAGGGCGUUAGAUUUUUUUGCAAAAUGGGCCAUCAGCGGAAGUAUUUUUGUUUCUCACACGGUCAUAAAGCAAGUUGGUUUGUUAUGUAAUUCUGCGUGGAGCCUAUAGGUCUUGCCAUCGUCUGCUUCCAACGUUUGCAAUGUGAUCUAAGCCCAGUGAGCUUUUUUAAAAACCCUAGCCCCACAUCCGAUUGCAAAGACAAUAUGCGUCAUAAUUGUUCAAUAAACAGGUUUAUUUUGACCAGGUGGCAAGACACGUGAAAAUUGCUCUCACGAAGACCUUUGUCAGCCAUUAUAUGACAGCCUUUAUAUUGUUUUCAUUAUUAUUUAUGCUAUUUAUCAUGUAAGCAUAACUAUGUUUUCAGUAACCAAUGGUGUGACUGUUAUUCGCAAUCACAGCCUCGAAAA